GGCGGGCCGCCGCUUCUGCUACCAGGCCGCGGUCCUGGUCGGGCCUUUUGCUGGCGGAGCAAGAAAGGGGGACCGGAGCCCCUAGAGUGGAGAGAAUAGCCGCCCCCUUCCCAUGCAACUUCCCCCAUGUCAACGGCGGCGGCAGCGGUGGCGGCUCAGCUCUGAGCGGCGGCUCCCAUCCUCCCCAUUCAACUCUCCCUCUCGGUCUCUUUUUUCCCCUCUGCUGCAGGGGCGCGACUCCCAAACUGCGACCCCGGAAAGACCGCGGCCUGCCCGGUUUAAAAAAAAAGGGGGGGGCGAGGGAGAAAGUGAUCCGUGGGCGGCUUCCAGCGUGAGUCGCAAAAAUGACGAGCCGGGGUCCCCCGGCCUGGGCUUCCCGGCGGCCCCAAUAAAGCCCGGGCGAAACAGCCUCGUAUGAGGCUAUUCCGCGGCCCAGGGGGUGCCUCCGCCAGGCUGUUGUGGUGGUUGCUGAGCAGAGGAUCCGGAGACCCAGGCUGGCGAGGGGAGCCCCUCGAGAUCCGCCUGGGUCUCUUCCGCCCCGUGCCCCGUCAGACGCGCCCCCCUUCUUGCACCCCGUGGGAAGGGAAGGCAUGUCUUCUCCCAGCUCCGUGGACAUGAUUGAAACCCCCCCGGUGCUCAACUUCGAAGAAAUCGACUACAAAGAGAUAGAGGUGGAAGAGGUUGUUGGACGAGGAGCCUUUGGAGUAGUUUGCAAGGCAAAAUGGCGGGGAAAAGAUGUGGCCAUUAAGCAAAUAGAAAGCGAAUCUGAACGGAAAGCCUUCAUUGUAGAGCUUCGACAGUUGUCACGUGUGAAUCAUCCUAAUAUCGUCAAGUUAUAUGGAGCUUGUUUAAAUCCAGUAUGUCUUGUAAUGGAAUAUGCUGAAGGAGGUUCUCUCUAUAAUGUCCUACACGGUGCUGAGCCUCUACCUUAUUAUACUGCUGCACAUGCAAUGAGUUGGUGUUUACAAUGUUCCCAAGGAGUAGCAUACCUUCACAGCAUGAAACCGAAAGCACUCAUACACAGGGACCUAAAACCACCAAAUUUGCUCUUGGUGGCAGGAGGAACUGUUUUAAAAAUAUGUGAUUUCGGUACAGCUUGUGAUAUUCAGACUCACAUGACCAAUAAUAAGGGCAGUGCUGCUUGGAUGGCACCUGAAGUUUUUGAAGGUAGCAAUUACAGUGAAAAAUGUGAUGUAUUCAGUUGGGGUAUUAUUCUUUGGGAAGUAAUUACUCGCAGAAAACCUUUCGAUGAGAUUGGUGGACCUGCUUUCCGGAUCAUGUGGGCAGUUCACAAUGGUACGCGGCCACCACUGAUAAAAAAUUUGCCUAAGCCUAUUGAGAGUUUAAUGACUCGAUGUUGGUCUAAAGAUCCUUCACAGAGACCUUCCAUGGAGGAAAUAGUCAAAAUAAUGACACACUUGAUGCAGUAUUUUCCAGGAGCUGACGAACCUCUACAGUAUCCCUGUCAGUAUUCUGAUGAAGGCCAAAGCAACUCUGCUACUAGUACAGGUUCAUUUAUGGACAUGACUGCCACAAACACCAGUAACAAAAGUGAUAUCAACAUAGAAGCAAAUGAUUUUCAAGGAACCGCUACGAAUGACACCAUUAAACGUUUGGAAACAAAAUUGGCCCAACAGAUGAAAAAUCCAGCAAAGCAGGUGGGAGAACAGGGCCGUUUGAGUUUACCUCCAUCUCGUGGUAGUAGUGUGGAGAGCUUGUCAGAUGUUCGUGGGCGACCACAGUCAGCUCAUGUUCCAGGAGAAGGCAAGCUAAUGAGCGCUGACAUGUCAGAAAUUGAAGCAAGAAUUGCUGCUUCUGCAGCCUUUUCCAAACCUAAGCGAGGCCAUCGUAAAACUGCUUCAUUUGGCAACAUUCUGGAUGUCCCAGAGAUCAUCAAACCAGUAGGCAACGGACAACAGAGGCGCAGAUCCAUUCAAGAUCUUAGUAUAGCUGGAACAGAUUCCAACCAGAAUAGCAGAAACAGCAGUAGAUCCUCUAGUCCUAGUGUGAGAAUGAUCACUACCUCGGGACCAACCUCAGAAAAACCUGCUCGUAAUCUACCAUGGACCCCGGAUGAUUCUGCAGACACCAAUGGGUCUGAUAACUCCAUCCCAAUGGCAUAUCUUACAUUAGAUCAUCAGUUGCAGCCUCUAGCACCAUGUCCAAACUCAAAAGAAUCUAUGGCUGUGUUUGAACAGCACUGUAAAAUGGCCCAAGAAUAUAUGAAAGUUCAAACAGAAAUUGCCUUAUUGCUGCAAAGAAAGCAAGAACUAAUAGCAGAACUGGACCAGGAUGAAAAAGACCAGCAAAAUACAUCACGUCUAGUACAAGAGCAUAAAAAGCUUUUAGAUGAAAAUAAAAGUCUCUCCACCUACUACCAGCAAUGCAAAAAACAAUUGGAGGUCAUCCGAAAUCAACAACAGAAACGUCAAGGGACAUCAUGAUUCAUGGGACCCCAGAUUGACAGUGAAGCACAGGAACUUCUUUUUUUUUUAAUUAUCCCAUAAUAUGACAACUUCCUUAUUGGUGUGUGCUGAAUGUGUAGACCUGCUGCUCUUCCAAAACCAAUGCAGUAUGGUUUUCUUUGGGUGAACAUUGAGUUGUUUGAGAAAGUUAAGAGCGGCUACAUGAAUAAUCAACACACUAACCACGAAGCAAAAUAUAAUGAACUCUGGCUGUUUGCAUGCCCCUUGUGUGAUGGCUAUCCUACCAAAACUGAUUAAGUGGCUGCUAUAUUGUAAGAUCAUUAGGUUUUCAUGCAAUAGGAGCAGUAUAGAAUUUUUCUAUUUUUAAAACGUUUUUGUUGUUCUUUCCUUUUGAACUGUUUGCCAAAGCAGUCAUUUUCCAGGACUCCUGAUUAGAUCAUGUUCAAGAGAUAAUGCUGGUGAAACAAUGCAUUCUUCUAAUUGUGUUGUUCUUCCAUGCAUUUGGCUCCUCUAUAUCAAAGGGAUUUCUUAGGCAUAUCUCUUAAGUAUUCUGAUGCAGUGGGAAAGACAUCAAGAGAUAGUCCCUUUCAGGCCUUCCCAGUCCUUUUAUAUGAUCCCUUCCUUGAUUUCUCAUCAUGAGCAACCUUCCAGACCUCUAGUUAGCGGUUGACAAGAAUAAUAGUUUCAUCGUCUUAUACUUUAGAGAUUAAGUGAAUUUGCUUGCAAAAUACAAGCAUUUCUGUUCCAUCUUUUGGAAGCAAUAAUUAGAACUUGGUUGGAAAAUAACUUGGGUUAACCGCAUACAUCCUCAAUUUAGUAAGUUUUCCCCUUUACCUUCUUCUUUUUGUUUGUUUGUUUUAUAACAAGACACACAACAAAAUGAUGGUUUCAUAUAUGACUCUGUGCCCCAAAUUUCAAAAGUACUAUGGAAAAUACCAUAUGAGUUUUGCAAAUCAGGUCUUUGAAAGAAGUCUAAUUAAAAAAACCAAAUUUAUCAAAUAAUUAAAAAUAUACCUAUCAAUCUGUACUUAGAAUUGUUUGAUAGAAAUACAUUAAAUUUCAUCUUCAGAUA